AUGGAGCCACGGUCUGAUGCCAUACUCAUUAAAUAAAAGUACUUUGUUUGUGAUAGAGAUUCUAUACAAGAUCCUUUCAUUAAUAGUAUUGAUCAAUAUUUGAAGAGAACCAAAAAAAGAAUUUAUGGUUUUACCUUAACUAGUACUAAUUAGAAUUCUAAUUAAGGCCUUUUUUCCUCUUACUUUUAAUUCCAUCAAUAGUUUUAUAGUAGGAUUUGAUAGAACUCAUUGUUUUACCAUAAGAAGGGGCAAAAUUUAUUGUUACUUAAACUCUGGAUCCUCCAAUUACAUUGGAAAUUAUAUCUGAUCAAUCUUGCUCCAUUGAAGAUUUAUAACUUUAUUUAGAUGGCCAUUAAAUUGAAUAAUUUACAA